AUGGUGAACCCGCGUGAAGUGAUUGGCAUCUACACGCAGUGUGCUGGAAAGUCUGGCUCGGCAACCGUCUGCGGCCCGCGAUAUAGUGUGUUGGAGUAUGGUCCAGCUUAUGCCACGGCUUCAACAAUGUUGCCAGAGGAAAAUCAUACUCAGCUGGACCGCGUUGAGAUGCUUCCUUGGCCGCAGGCACGCAUGCUGAAUUCCCUGGGGCUGCGGGCACUUAGCCAGGAAGCUGUAGAGGAGGUGCUGGAGUUGCAGCCGACCAGGAGCUUUGCGGAGGGCGGCCUUGUCGAGGAGCUCAUGCAGUUUGGCAUACGUGCUUGGACAAAGGACCCCGCAUGGCCUAUUGAACGCUCGGGACAGUUGCACCUGUUCUUUCGGCCUUUCACGCUUUGGGAUCUUUCGGGAACGGCCUACUGUCAGGCCAAUUGUGUGCCAGUAACUGGCAUUUCAUGUAGCGACGGCCGCGGGCGCGAGUCUGCAGACUGUCAAGUGCGGCCUAUUGUUAGGACGCCUUUCGAGAAUGUUGUGCCCAUGCAGCGGAACACGAUGACCAUCACAUAUCCCGCACAGAUGGAGCCAAUACCAGAGGCCCGCGGAGACGAGGCGCACUUGCUGAACGUCUCGGAGCUCAGGCUGCCACGAGACGGCUUCUUCACCUUGCAGAUGUUGGCAGAAUAUCUUGAUAGUGACGGUCUCAACCCCUCAAUGACCUUUGUGUCUCCUUCAAUGCGGAGGAUUCCAGUAGCGGGUACCACGACUGGACGCAUUGUUGUUGACGGUCAAACUGGCAAUGGGCCUCGUCCAUUCGCAUUCGAGCGGGAAAACGUCCUCAUUGUUCGACUCAUGAUCGGCGUCACACUGCGAAGUCCAGCCGUGGAUGAACGCCUGGAGGUGGACUCGGAGCUUGAGGAGAAUGCCACAGAGUCCUUCAGGACUGUUCCUCGUCCCAUGGUGCAGAUCCUUCUACCUCCGGAUUAUACAUGCAGUGUAAUCGGGAAUGGCACGGCUGACCCCGACGGGACAUCAGACAUGUUCCUUCGAGACUUGAAUGCAGAUGGGUAUGUAGACAAUCCCAUGGGCACCAUACUCAGCGGAAGCUGGUCCCACGAGGGGCCAGUUUGCUCGUUCACGCUCGACAACUGGGCAGCAGUCUUUGCCAGGCAGAUUUUCUACGUUCGGCUGUCUGUGAACAAUCCUCGACAGGCAUUAAUGCGAACCGACCCCACAAACUUGUGGCAAAUUAAGCUCUCUGGCGCGAACUCGACGCUGCUGGGGGGUCUGGUCAACUUCAUCUCCUUGGCCGAGGAGGUGAAUUUGCCUGGUUGGGUCGGAAACCUGGCGGUUCUGACCCCACUGGAAGGAGAGUCGCUUCAACCGUCCAAUCUUUCUGCUGGAGCGACAAAUGAGCUGAGUGUCUUUUUUCAGGUAAUCCACGCAAUGCCCCGAUUUUCUUACAUCCUGCUGGACGCGCCGGAUGGUUUUGAUUUCACCGACAACUGCAGUGUUGGCUCUCUUGCGGAUUCGUAUUACGUCGACUGGGAUGGACUGCCGUGGGGUGAGACGGUCUUGGGUCCCCGUGCCCUGACAAGCUCUCUUGGUGCGGAGGUGAACUGCACUACUGACAACUGGAAGCGAAGUGUGCUGUCCCCUCCAGCAACAGCAAAUUUCACCAGAGCUAUUCUCCGCGUGGGGCGCACAUUGAUCUCCAACAAAUACUAUGCCUUCCGGGUUCGUGUGAUUAAUGCAGCUCAGUGGGAUGCAUCGCAUCACGAUGACUGGCGCAUUUGGGUUCAGAGCCCUGAAGGUUACAUGGUGGAUGGCUCGAAGUACACCAUCCAGUUCAACUCCGCUCGGAUUGACACGCUUCCGCAGUCCUAUUGGGACAAGAGCUGGGGUGUAUAUCAAGACCCAAUGCGUUUGCCGUUGUCACUGGAUUUCGGCCAAAGCCUUUUGCUCCCAACAUCAGUAUUUGAUAUGAGCACCUUGUUGACAGUGUAUCCUCUUACACCCAGCAGUGAUGGGCAACUCAUCAACGUGAGAAUGCUCGCUCCGGUGGGCUAUGUCUGGGUACCUCACGUUACGGAAGGUUGGAGAGGCUAUAUUCCUAACGUCACAUGUGAGUUCUGCGAGCUGAUUGUUAGUCCACAAGUCAGGCUAUUUAAUGAGCUGAUUCUACCGGACCUUGUGAUGCGCCUUGGGCACCUUUAUGGGUUUCAGGUGCGCGUAAGAGUACCUGAGCGACCGCCCACUCGAUCUUUGAAUGCCUUUUACCUGGAGAUGGGCUUUGAUCCCGGCAACUUCAACUUGGACCGAAUGCAGGCUGUCAUGCUGCAGCCUCCAGAGCUGCGUGUUGUUUCCCAGGCAAGGGUGGAUUCCUUGUGCAACCUCGCGGGGUAUGCAGACAACAUCAUGGAAUUCCACGUGCACGUUGCAUCUCCUCUUGAGGUGACUUGGCACUUGCUGAUCUUGCUCGUACCUUCGACUUAUGUGUACACCGUCACUGCUGAGUACUGA